AUGUCAACAACAACAUCCUCACCCCGGCACUCCUCACCACCAGCAUCCCUCUCCGUCCCGCCAUCCACAACCGCCCCAACACAACCCCACGCCAUCACCGCCCACGCACCACUACACCAAACGCUGCCCUCGCAAGAAACGCAGCGCCAUGUCGCGGAGGCUCGUGCCGCGGUCGUCGCCUCCAUGGGCAACCUGCUCGACUCGGAGCUCCAAACCCGAGCGAGCAUCCUGCACGAGAACGCCGCCGCGCUAGACAAGCAGGAGCGGGAUGUGCUGCGCGCGACGGAGGCCCUGCGCCGAGAGCGGGAGAGGCUGGCGAGGGAGGCGGACGGCGCGGCGAGAAAGGUGAAGGAGCUGGGGAAUGUGCAGAACUGGGCGGAGGUGCUGGAGAGGGGGUUCCUGGUGCUGGAGGAGACGGUGCGGCUGGCGAAUAGGGAUAGUGGCAGCGAGAGCGGGAGUUGUAGCUGUAGUUGUAGUGAGUGUGGGGGGGAUGAGGGCGAGUAUGGGGAGGGGAUGAUGGAUGUGGAUGUUGACUUGGCGAAUAGUCUGCAUAGGGAUGGGAGGGUGAAUGGGCUGGGGGAUAAGGGGAAGGAGAGGGAGCGUGUGCAGGAGGAUGGAGAGGAUCUUGAUAUGGAGGAUGGGGGGAGGAGUGCGUGGUCGGAUGCGAGCAGGAGUUUGGUGGAGGAGUCGAGUACGGGGACGGGGACGGGCAUGGCAAAGGGGUCGGAGACGGCGAGUUUGUCGACGGAGUCGUUGAAGGAUGUGGAUGGGAGAGUUGGAGGUUGA